UUGAUAAGUUGUGCGCGUCGCUUACAUCUCAGAGCGUCCCAGACUGAGAGCGUCCUGUCGUGUCUUGGAGAGGAGCAUUCACGAAGUGCUCUCGUAUCCCGGUCCCACAAACUCCGGCCCCAAUGGCAGGCGAACCGACAUUCACUGUUAUCUGUUUGUCUUUUCAAAUACUUUUGAUUGUGCUCUACGCUCCUUUGGUCGACUACGGCGAUCAUGCGUUGCCCCCACACAAGAGCUCGGAUAAUUCUUUCUACUGGCAAAACAGAUUGCCGGGAAGUGGGAUCCUUACUAUUAACCACUCGUACACUACAGAACUUAAACAACUAGCCAAAAACGACAUCACAGUCUAUUACCCAAUGUUCCAAGAUGUACACGUGAUGGUCUAUAUUGGCUUCGGCUUCUUGAUGACGUUCCUCCGCAAGUACAGCUUUGGCGCGCUCGGUUACAACUUCUUCAUCGCAGCGCUGGUUUGCCAGUGGGCGACGAUCGUGACGGGUGUGUUCAACCAGAUCAUCGGAGAAGGGCACAGCCAUAUCAAGGUCAACGUUCAGACUAUGACCGGCGCCGAGUUCACGGCUGCUGCAGUUCUCAUCUCGUUUGGGGCGGUCCUUGGCAAAGUCAGUCGGCUGCAGCUUCUUGUCAUCGGAUUCUUUGAGGUCAUCUUCUUCGCCAUCAACGAGUUCAUCGCCGUCCAUUACUUUAAGAUUGCCGACGCCGGUGGCUCUAUCAUCAUCCACGCUUUUGGCGCGUAUUUUGGUAUCGCCAUCGCACGAGUGCUUUACGAAAAGGCGAACGACGAGAGCGACAAGGAGGGAUCUGUUUAUCACUCGGAUCUGUUCUCUAUGCUGGGCACGCUGUUCCUAUGGCUGUUCUGGCCUAGCUUUAACAGCAUCCUGGUCGCCCCUGAUUAUGUCGCUCAGCAUCGUGCCGUUAUCAACACCUACUACUCCCUCGCGGCCGCUUGUGUCGUGACGUUCGCUCUGUCGCCGCUAUUCCAGAAGGGCUAUAAGCUCAACAUGGUCCAUAUCCAAAACGCUACUUUGGCUGGAGGUGUUGCCAUAGGAACGGCGAGUAACAUGGUGAUCUAUCCGUGGGGUGCGCUGCUGGUUGGCUCUAUCUCUGGUACCAUCAGCACCCUGGGAUACGCCUACUUGACACCUUUCCUAACCAACUACCUGAAGACCCACGAUACUUGCGGAGUGAAUAACCUGCAUGGCAUGCCGGGAAUCAUUGGCGCCAUUGUUGGAGCUGUCGCCGCUGCGAACGCCGACCCAGACACAUAUGGCUACGAUGGCUUGUACAACGUGUGGAGUGCCGUUGCUCCCAAGGUAAACUCUACAGAGUACGUGAAGCUUAAGAACAUGAACGUCCAGUUCACCCCUGGUGAUGGGCGCAGCUACAAGGAGCAGGGAGGCUACCAGAUGGCGGCACUUUUCCUGGCUAUCGCCAUUGCUCUGGUCGGUGGUGCCAUUACAGGCUUCAUCUGUAAGGUGAGCAUCUUCGAGCCGCCAGCCGGGUAUCAGCUGUAUGACGACAAAGACUUCUGGGAGACCAGCCCCAUGGCGGUGGCCGACAGCCCGGGUUACUAUGGUGUAAAUCAGAAUGAAAACACGCCUAUCCCAUUAGAGCAGCCUUAGCUACCAUGAGGUUCCAUCGGAAAGCAUUCAUGUCGUCAUCAAGGACACUUCCAGCGGCGAGCAAGGUCACGAGGAGCACAAGUUUUAAUCACGUGUUGUUCACGUGUAGACCACGAGCAGCAACAACCUUAACCGCGUGUCGUUCCUCCAGGAAUACGCCAUUUUCAGGCCAGUAGGCUAGAUUUGUGUGUGUACUCUUUUAAUAUACUGUAGUCGAUAAAAGGAAUUAGUCAAUAAUAGGAAUUGCACGGAAUUAGAAGCACGUAAGAUUUUAGAUUAUUUCAUCCUUUUAACUUUUUCAACCUGCACAUUUCACCAUAUUACAGAGCUGUAGCAGGGGGGAGUGAGGCUUUGGGGGGCACGGGGGCUCUUGGGGCACGUGCCACACCCCAAAAUUAUGCCGUGCACCACCACUCCCCCCCCAAAUACUUCGGGGCCUGCUACAGCUCUGUAUCGAGUUGAUAUAAUGCACAGUAUAACAACCUUAUUGUUACAAGGUCUUGAGUUUGGCAUUAUCAUGUCUGAUUUAGUAGAUUAGCAUGUUUUAAUUCAUAAGUAGGAAGCUCAAUCGCCAGUUUGAUUUCCAUUGCAUUAUGUAUAUCCCCAUUAGACAACAAAAUAAAGAAAAAGUCGAUAUCC